ACGACAAGCCUAUCUUCAAUUCGAGACAGUCGCCAUGGGUCGCGUUAUCCGCAACCAGAGGAAGGGCCGUGGCUCCAUUUUCACGGCCAACACCCGCCUGAACAAGACCCCCGCCCAGUUCCGCACUCUCGACUUCGCUGAGCGUCACGGAUACACCCGUGGUGUUGUCAAGGAGAUCAUUCACGAUGCCGGUCGUGGUGCUCCCCUCGCCAAGGUCCAGUUCCGCCACCCCUACAAGUUCAAGAUGGUGACCGAGACCUUCAUCGCCAACGAGGGCAUGUACACCGGCCAGUUCAUCUACGCCGGUAAGAACGCCCAGCUCACCGUCGGAAACGUCCUGCCCCUUGGCUCCAUGCCCGAGGGUACCGUCGUCUCCAACGUCGAGGAGAAGUCCGGUGACCGUGGUGCGCUCGGCCGUACCUCCGGUAACUACGUUACCGUCAUUGGCCACAACCCCGAGGAAGGCAAGACCCGUGUCAAGCUGCCCUCCGGUGCCAAGAAGGUCAUCAAGAACACCGCCCGUGGUAUGGUUGGUAUCGUCGCCGGUGGUGGCCGUACCGACAAGCCCCUGCUCAAGGCUUCUCGCGCCAAGCACAAGUUCGCUGUCAAGCGCAACUCUUGGCCCAAGACUCGUGGUGUUGCCAUGAACCCCGUCGAUCACCCUCACGGUGGUGGUAACCACCAGCAUAUCGGUAAGGCCUCGACCAUCUCCCGCUACGCCACCCAGGGUCAAAAGGCCGGUCUCAUUGCCGCCCGCAGAACCGGUCUGCUCCGUGGUACCCAGAAGACCAAGGAUUAAGCGUGAUAUUACGUGGAGUUUUCUUUGUGACGGGUUGAAAAUGGACUUCUGCUAUGAGACACAUGUACUUAGGCGAGUGCGGAUAAGCGUCCCAUGCGCCCUUAGCGAAUUAAGGUUGUGGCCACCAUCUUUUUCAUUU